AAGAAGGCGGGCCGAGAGGCGGGCGCGGUCGCUGCUGCUGCUGCUCCUCUGUUUCCCUCACGCGCGGCGGGGCUGCUCCGGCCUUUCUCCCUGCCUCUGAGGCGAUGGCGGACGAGGAGCUGGAGGCGCUGCGCAAGCAGAGGCUGGCCGAGCUGCAGGCCAAGCAAGGGGAUCCCUCCAGUGAAAUUGCACAACAAGAAUCAAAACAGAGGGAAGCUGAAAUGCGAAAUAAUAUUUUGGCUCAGGUUUUGGAUCAAGCAGCACGUGCCAGAUUAAGCAAUUUAGCACUUGUAAAGCCAGAAAAGGCAAAGGCGGUUGAAAAUUACCUUAUACAGAUGGCAAGAUUUGGACAGCUAGGUGGAAAAGUAUCAGAACAAGGGUUGAUAGAAAUACUUGAAAAAGUGAGUCAGCAAACGGACAAAAAAACAACGGUAAAGUUCAAUAGAAUAAAAGUGUUGGAUUCCGAUGAGGAAGAUUAAUUAAUGAAAUAUGAAGACAGUUGCCAACUGCUAAUCACCUGGAAUAUGUCAAGGAAAGUAUCUUCUAUCAUAGGCGAAAGUUUACAAAACGUUCUGUACACAUUUUUAUAAAAAGUAAAACUGAUAAGCUUGCCUUCUGUACAAUUAAGUGAAAUUGUUUUCUUAGAUAAGUUUUAUAUAAUGAACUUGAGAAAUAAGGAUUCAUUCUCUAAGGUUUUAGCUUUCCUUUGACACCAUGCAGUUAAAUUUAUUGUGCAACUGGCAGAUGUGAAAAUAUACUUGCCUCUCCUAUAAGUGCUUCAUGUCCCAUAGGAAACGAAAUUCUACCUUGCCAACAAAUACCAAUUUAAGUCUGCAGGCUAAAUUAGAUAUUGGAAAGAGAAUUUCAUUUUUAUAUUUAAAGGGGGGGGGCAUACAUUAGACCCACACAAUCUUCAUUUCUUAACCAUGAAUAAAAAGUUGAGCAGCCAUCAAGUUUAUUCUUUCCCCCAAGUAGAAAUUCUCACCUCAUUUUCAAUUAUCUUAACUGUGAUUAAUGCCAAACAGGAUUCCCUGAUAGCUAUGUUUUUGAAACUGGCUUUGAAGCCUGAUUAGCAUUACCAUGGUUUCAAAGGAUCAGAAAUACUAUGUGUGCAUUACAUGUCAGAACACUUCCUGAAGUUUUGUUAAACUUGGUUUGGAACCAAGCAAGACGGGGUUGUUCAUAAAAAAUACGGUUGUAUAAUGUAUUGUUGACUGAUUUGCUGUAUUGCAAAUUCAGGAUGUUUUGCUUAGAACAUCAUGAAAUUUAAUUAAAGUCUGCUUGGUAAAAGAAAACCUUCAGCACAUUGUUUUUAUACAGAAGCGGAUUAAUAAAUGCUUCAAUCUUUGAACAUAAUUUAGCCAAAGUUAAUUUUGAAAAGGAGAUUUUGCUGAAAUCAGUUAAAGGCUGGUUUCUGUAUUUUGUCUUGGUAUAAUCCACCACCACAUAAACACAUUCACAUGCACUGAAACUUCCCAUUUUCAGAGUUGUAAAGCCGCUCAAAGACCAUCUUUCAUGCAUGAUACCAGUGUAAACAAUGUUGUGCGUUUUUGUUACUGAGCAUAAGUGUUUGAUCCAUGCAUACAAUCUACCCUAUGUAAGUCAGUGUUAAAAGACAAGUUUCUUUUUCUGGCUUCUAUGGGCUCUGAAAUGUAUUAAAACCUUUCCAUUGAGCAAAGUUAA